UUAAUUAGGUCAUAGUAAUUAGAUUAAAUACAGCUUUAUUUUAGAAUAUAUAACUGGAGCACGAUAAAAACUAAAGGAAUUAUGGUGUUAAAAGAUUUGACAUGGGGCCCCUCGAGUCAAGGCCACAAUAUUAUAUAAUAAUGCAGGACCCUCUUUAGUUGAUAUGGUUUACUUUAGUUGUGCAAAUUCCCUAACAUAUUUGCAGUAAAUCAAAUUACCAGUAACAAAGUGACAUGCAGUGAACCAGGGGCCCCUGGGGGUCUGAGGCCCGCUUUGCCCUGUUGGUAAUCAAGCCUUGCUUCCACGACCCCAUGUAGGAUCAAAACCCCAAGGUUGAGAACCUCUGACCUUGCCUUCGUGUGCUCUCUUGUCUAUUCCUUUAUUUUUAUCAAAUAUAAAAAGAAUCACAUUUCAUGUUUGAUACCUUGUGAUUUCGCGUGCAAACACUGCAGUUCAUAAAGUGCCUUCUUAAUUAUGACAAAUCCAGUACAGCGUGUGCAUUUUUCAUCUUAUUUGACAGUUUUAAUGGUUACAGAAAGUAUGCAUGUGGACAACUCGUUUACGUGUUUAUGUGUAUGUAUGUACUCUAGCAUAAGUUAUACUAUUUAUGUAUUUAUUUUAGCUCUCAGAUUGUACCACAAGUCACAGUCUGAAUACACUCACACAAGAGCCAACAUCAUGCAUAUGAUUUGAUAUUCUCAGUGCAAUAAUGACUGCUUGUCCAGAAAUCCAGAGUAAUGCCAGCUGAGGUACUAGAUGGCAGGCCUACCUAAACUCAGUUACCCAGUUUAUUUGCUGAAUGGAUUUUAGCUCCUCUUCUGGCUGACAGUCUUAAUUAUACAUUCAAAUAGGCUACUCGUCAUGUUAUGUAUCAAAGUGGUGUGAAGUGAAAAUAAUGGUGAUUGUUUGGCGCAUGAGGACAGUGGAGGUCACACUCCUGCAGUCCUGUUAUUCUCCACAUCACAGUGUCCAUGCUGUCGGUCCAAUAUGCAGUCCAAUACUGCAGCCUUUUCGACAGGGAGCGCGCUACCAAAUUUCCCCUGCCGCUGCGCUCGCUCCCCGUAGCUUAAAAAAGCGCGUGCGCGGCUGAAGGUCACUUAAACACAAAAGGCUUUCAGCGCUGCGGUCCAAUAUAGCGCAUGCGCGCUGCCGGAGGACUGCUUCACAGACCGCAAUAUGGCGAGAAUGCCUGCCAGCGGAGCAGAUGAGCAGAUGAGCUGCCCUGAGAGAAGGAGGGAUGAGGAGAAUGAGGAGGAAGAUGAAGAUGAGAUCCAGGAGGUCCAGAUCAGCGGGGAGGAGGAGGACGAGGAGUCCGAUAGAGAUGAUGUGAAGCUGGAGUGGGAGUCAGGAAACACAGUGCUGGACUCCAGCGGUUCCGAGGAGACACAAGCGGUCGUUAUGCGGAGUAUGGAUCGAGGAGAGGAGGAGGAAGAGGCAGACCGCUUCAGCAGCAGCAUCCCCGCUGGGCUGGAGUCUCACCUGGAGGGAGACCUUCAGCGGUCAGAGCGGAACGGGCUGAGCGAGAACACCCGCCUGGCCACCCGGUAUGCGGUGAGGAUCUUCAGGGAGUACCUCAGCGAGAAAGCCCAAAGUCCAGACUUUGAAACUCUGGACAAGGAGGCGCUCUGCGCGGUGCUGCGCUCCUUUUACGCGGAGGCGCGCUCCAAAAGUGGACAGUUGUACAGCAAGUCGUCCCUCAUCAGCAUCCGGAGCUCACUGAACCGGUACCUGAACGAGCCACCCUACUGCCGCACCUUGGACCUCACCAAGGACCCAGAGCUGCGCAGCGCCAACCUGACGCUGGCAGCAGUCAUACGGAGGCUGGAGGAGCAAGGCGCCGGUCCCGUGGUGCAGAAGCAAGCCAUCACGCGCUCGGACCUGCGGAAACUGUACGAGUCCUCUGUGUUCAACACCGACACGCCGUUCGGGCUGCUCAACAAAGUCUGGUUCGAGACUUGUAUGUAUUUCUGCACCAGGGGCCGGGAGAACCAGCGGGAGCUGGAGGAGGACUCGUUCGGCCUGGCCGUGGAUGAGGAUGGGAGAAAGUUUGUGUAUUUUAAAGCGCUCGGACCGUACCACAAGUCUCGCUCCGCCGCGUGGACCAAGAAGCGUCCUGACGCAGACGAGGACACCUUGCCGCGGAUGUACGAGACGGACACGGAGCAGUGUCCGUACGCCAGCUUCGUCCGGUACGUGUCUAAGCGGAACCCGCUCUGCAGGGCGUUCUUCCAGCGGCCCCGGGACCACUGCUGCGCGAGCGACGUGACGUGGUACGAGAACAAAGCCAUCGGUAAGAACCUGUUGGGCACGAGGAUGCAGAUGUUGUCGCGCGCUGCCAAGCUCUCCAAGACCUACACCAACCACUGCAUCGGUGCCGUCUCCAUAGCAACGCUCAACAGCAUCGUGGGCGCCGCGGGUUCCAAGCCUACGACGACGCUUUACGUUGCCUCGGAAACAGUCAACGGUCACGCGCAGUCUCACCUCCAGCUCGUGAUCCCGUGCCUCCGCCGGGUAACCGACGCUGCGGCAACGACAGCAAUAAACACAUCAUCAGCAACAACAGCGGGUAGAGCCACGGAGGAGGACCCGGGGGCUCCUUACGCCAAGAAGCUGUGCGUGCGCCCCGGCGCACGUGCGGAGCCGACUAUGGAGCGGAAGGAGAGCGAGCCGGGGCCUGCGAGAGCCAAGGAGUCCCAUAUUCAUACACAGCCCGCCGUCCGGUCCCCGGUCGCUGUGCCCGCGCAGGACAGCUGUGGCAGCAGCAGCAGUAUGUCGAGUCAGCAGCUGGUCUCUGUGUCUCCUCUGGGCUCCGCCGGCAUCCCCACACCAGCCAAGCUCACCAAAACCAACGCACCUGUCCACAUCGAUGUAGGAGGACACAUGUAUACCAGCAGCCUGGCAACUCUCACCAAGUACCCUGAAUCACGGAUCGGUCGCCUGUUUGAUGGAACGGAGCCCAUAGUGUUGGACAGUCUAAAGCAGCACUACUUCAUCGAUCGAGAUGGCCCCAUGUUCCGCUACAUACUUAACUUCCUCCGGACCUCAAAACUCCUCAUUCCUGAUGACUUCAAAGAAUACUCGCUGCUGUAUGAAGAGGCCAGUUUCUUCCAACUGGCUCCUCUGCAGACCGAGCUCGAGCGUUGGAGGACUGAGCGGGAAUGUGGGGGUGUGUGUUCGGAGUGUGAGUGUGUUGUGAUUCAUGUGGCUCCGGAGCUUGGUGAGAGGAUCAGCAUGAGCGCCCACUGGGCCGUGAUCGAGGAGGUUUUUCCUGAGAUCAGAGACGUCAUGUCCAAUUCCCUGAACACCAGCUGGAACCAGGACUCCACACACAUCAUUCGCUUCCCACUCAACGGCUACUGCCACCUCAACUCUGUCCAGGUGUUGGAGCGGUUACAGCAGAAAGGGUUCUGGAUCACAGGUUCAUGUGGCAGUGGAGUGGACUCUUCCCAGUUUACUGAAUACAUUCUACGGAGGGAGGGCCAAGGCAGCCGACACCCCCCAACCCUCAUCCGAAUUAAACAAGAAUUCAUGGACUGAACUCAAUCACGGAACUCCCCCUUUUUGCGCACAUAUCGGCAACUGUCAUUUCUCAAACCGAGAACAGCUUCACUUCAGCACAGAAGAAGUCAACAAACUGACCAGACAUGAAUACACAGAAUCUCUUAAGCUGUAGUGAAAAUCCACUACAUGGGUGACUGACAUAUCAGUGUAUCUUAUUUGAUAUUUUACUUACAGUUGCCACUUCAAUUUCAUAUGAAAUGGAGGCUAGUACUUAGCGGUGCACACUAUGGAUAAAAUCUUUUAUCAUGGGACAUGUCAUUAGGGCCCGAGCAGUGAACGCUGCAGGAACCCAAAUGAAAUACAAAGAAUUAUUAUUAUUUUUCUUACAUGAAAUGAAUCGCAUUAAAUCGCAUUAAACUCACAAAACUUUGCGUUGUGAAAAUGUACAUCUGAUUUGGGUCUUGGGCACUAAAUUGAAAAAUUUGCCCCUGCAGUACAUUUCAUGAUAUUUGGGUGGUAAAUGCACCCCAAGACUUAAAAAAAAGCCUCUUGGAGCCAUACUCUAAACGCAAUAGGAAGUCAGUCAUUUUGAAUUUACUGUGCAAUUUAAGGGUAUUUUUCACUAUUUAAAGGCUCCGUACUUUAACAAACUCCUCUAAGAGAAUUCAUCAGAUCGACUUCAAAUUUUCAGAUGAAAAGUUGUUGAAUUUUCAUUGAACAGUGUGUCCGUUUUAAUGUUUUUCCAAGAAACAGGAAGUUGCUGUAACUUGAGUGUACAUUGUCCAAUCGGCCCCAAAUUUCACGUUUGAUAAGAGUCCUGGCCUGAGGAUAUCUACAUGCCAAUUACGAGUUGUAGAGAUUGCGCCACCUACUGGCAGCAGGAAAUGACAUGUUUUAUACUUUGAUGUACUCCUCCUAGCAGGUUAAGCAGAUCCACCUCAGAUUUGGGCAGAAAAGAGUUUGACAUGGGUGAUGCUGUAUGGUGAAGCUUGUGAGUUUUUGUUGCUGCCGUUGCCAUGGUAACGCAUUAUUCGCCAUGAACAAAGAAGCUGUUAUUGAGGCACUGAGGAUGCUUGAAAUCUCACAAAACUUGCCACACGUGUCAGAAACGGUUUAUUUUGUUAUGAUUCACCUACAUGUACAAAAUUUGGGAGGCAGAUGCAUCAUAUCGAGACUUUAAAAAAAGCCUCUUGGAGCCAUACUCUAAACGCAAUAGGAAGUCAGACAUUUUGAAUUUACUGUGCAAUUAAAGGGUAUUUUUCACUAUUUAAAGGCUCCGUACUUCUAACAAACUCCUCUUAGAGAAUUAAUUCGAUCAACUUCAAAUUUGGGCAGUGCAAUCUAAAUGGUAAAUGGACUGUACUUAUAUAGCGCCUUUCUAGUCUUUCCGACUACUCAAAGCGCUUCACUUACACAUUCACCCCAUUCACACAC